AUGGCGGAUGCAAAUCAUCCUGGAAAGAGGUACACCGUAGCAGAGAUCCUGGCCAUGCUGCAGGACUCUGAAACUGUGGCGGACAUCACAGUUGUGCCUGAGUCAGAAAUGCACGCACAUGACACAGACUGUGACAGUGACCAAUCUGAUGAUGAGGCCACUGGUGACCAUAACCGCCUCCCAUCAAGAAUACUCAAAGGUGAAGGCUUUCUACCUAAUUCGGACAUGCAGCUGCCAAAUCCCCCCGAUGAUGAUCCUGGGUGCUCAUCCUCAGUGAGUCAGACAGAGACUAGAAAGGUCAGUGGCACAAAUGAAAAGGUGACCAGUCAGAUUGUUGGGCCCAUGCUCCACAAAACUAAGAACCAAGACAGGAAAUUCAAAAAAAUCAAAAUUGCGGCCAAAGCACCAGCACAAGCCAACAAAAAAUAUCAGAUCCCUCGCUAUGUCCCCAAAGAACAUGAUCCUGGCUUCACAUCAGAUGAUCCAGUGGAUAUCUUCCUCACAUUUUAUCCCAAGUCCCUCAGAGAUGUCACACUGGAAAUGUCCAAUCUCUACGCUGAACAAAAAGGGAAAACGCUCAACCUGACUGAGGAUGAACUUCUUACAUUCUACGGUAUUCUGUUGAUCAGUGGAUACAACACAGUCCCAAGGCGGCGUCUUCUCUGGUCAGACGAUUGUGAUGUCAGCAACAAUGCUGUAAAAGAUGCCAUGCGGAGGAACAGGUUUGAUGAAAUUAUGUCUUCUGUUCAUUUAGUAGACAACAUGAAGAUCACAGCUGACCCGUUCUUCAAGGUGCGUCCCCUUUUUAAGCAUCUAAAUGACAUCAACAACGCAAUCCCGAUAGCAGAACAUGUGGCAGUAGAUGAGAUGAUGAUUGAGUAUUUUGGAAGGCAUGGGUGCAAACAGUUUAUUAGAGGGAAGCCUGUUCGUUUUGGGUAUAAAAUAUGGAGCUUAGCAUCCUCCUCCGGGUUUGUCCAUCAGAUGGAGCCAUAUGUAGGAAGCCACACACAUCUGGUGGAAACUGGACUUGGUCAGGGUCCAAGUGUGGUUCUUGGCCUGGCAGAGAAAGCUGAAGUGCCACCUGGAGUCAAGUUUUACCACGACAACCUCUUCACAACCCUGUCCCUGGUGGAUGAGAUGACCCUGAGAGGCUAUGGCAGCUGUGGCACGAUGCGACAAACUCAGCUCCAUAACGUUCCCUUCACAGCACCCCAGACCUUCAAGAAGACACCCAGAGGAGAUGCUGAGUAUCUGGUUGAGGCAGAGAAGCUGAUUGGAGUUCACCGAAACUGA